UUAGAGGGAGACCUCCGCAGAAGUGAGAACUGAUCGCUUUUGUCCCCCUUUUUCGAAGUGGAUCUUUUCUUUUUGGGUCCUCCAGAAAAGUUAUAGAUUUUUGAUCGUAGAGGGAAUGGAUUCUUUGAGAAGACGAUGGCCGGAGAUGGCGUAAUUUCUAGGGUUUAUUCGGGAACAGUUGAGUUCCCAGUCGCUGUCCCCCAAUCCCCAUCUCGAUCGCUAGCUCCGCGUUUGAUCACUGUUGCGGGUUUGGCCUGUUCAAAGAGGUCCUUUUAGGGUUAGGGUUUUUUGCUUGGUUGGUCUCCCGGAAUUCUUGAAGAGCUUGGAAGAUUCGGUCGGCGAGAAAGUGAUUUUUGUGGUUGAUCUUACUUGAAAGAUUCGGUCAUGCUUCUGGAUUUUGUGUGCCGGCUAAGGAAAGUUUUAGUUUGAAGAUCAAGAUUUAGAAGCAUGGAAUCACGGGCCGAGGGUACAAAUACAGUAGAUGCCAAUGGGCAAGGUGCUCUGCCAUCCACAAUUAAUGCUCAGCCAUGGUGGCGUGGUCCUGGAUUCGGUGUUAUCUCACCGUCUAUUCUAGCAGAUAGUGCCUCUAAGUCAGCCUCAGUCAACCUCCCUGUGGGAGGUGCCAGGAACAAAGGUGGCCAAGCACAAUCGCAUGAUAGGGCAGAUGGCACAGGUGAUGUUAGCAAAGAGAUGCAGAAUAUUGGCUCACAAAGAGAUGGAAGCUUUGGACAGGAACACCAUCAUCUGCAGCCUGUCUCAUCUACCAUGCCUCCUAUGAUGCCUGAAUACCUUGCACCACAUACCCAGCUGGAACUUGGUCAAUCAAUUGCUUGUGCGACAUAUUCAUAUUCUGAUCCUUAUUUGUCUCGCGUCAUGGCUCCUUAUGGAACUCAAGCACUGGUGCAUCCACAGUUACUUGGGAUGCCUUAUACUCGCAUGCCUUUGCCUCUUGAAAUGACAGAGGAGCCUGUUUAUGUAAAUGCCAAGCAAUAUCAUGGAAUUCUAAGGCGUAGGCAAUCACGUGCCAAGGCUGAGCUUGAGAAGAAAGUUAUAAAAGUUAGAAAGCCGUAUCUUCAUGAAUCUCGUCACCUUCAUGCAAUGAGGAGGGCAAGGGGUUGUGGAGGUCGUUUUCUCAACACAAAGAAAGCUGAAGCUAAUGCUGCUAUCACUAACCCUGAGAAUGGGGGGAAUACAGGUGCAUCAAUUCCAACGCAGUCAGCUAGCUCCUCCGCUUCCCCAGUUCUGCCCUCCAACUGUCCGGGAAGCAAUAUGAAUGAAAUAAAAAGGCCAGUAGUUCAAGAUAUAUGCGAAGCACAGGCGUAUACUAAUGGUAAUGAUGGCUACAAACAGCAGUCUGGCUUCCAAUUGUCAUCUUUUCACUCCAAAUCAGGUGAGAGGGUGGAGGAAGGGGACUGCUCAGGACAGCAGCGUGGUGGCAUCCUUGUGAAUCGGCCCCCAAACAGGGCUGUCGCCAUCCAGUGAUUAUCCCUCAUGAGCAUGGCUAGUGUUUCCAGCAUUUCCCAGUCAAGUCUGAUAUACAUGUCACUUUCUAGUUUAAUUUGCUCACAGCUUAUGUUGGUGGUACUUCUGAGAAGGACUCCUCUGCUUGUUCCACUGCUUGAUUUAGGUGAAGGCAAGAGGGCAAGCUGGAGGCAUGGGGCCAAUUCAAGAGGGAUGUCAUUGGUAGGUCUGAUGUUUAAAGGCAAUUCAUUCUUGGCUUUAUCUUUCCAUUUGCUUUUCUUUCUUUAUUUUCUUUUCUUGUGUUGUGGGAGGAAGCAAGCAAAGGGAGAACAGCUGUGUAGGUCGGUCUAGUGUAACAGUUGGUCUUAUUCUUCUCUGUUUUAGUGUCUUCUCAUAUCUGUUGAAAUACUUGUACCAUGAAAAGGGAUGGCAGAAUGAAGUAAUCUAGUAGUAACUGUAAACAUGCCCUUGUUUAACUUUAUUGGUUUGAAGAUUACAGCAAUCCAAAUCAAUGGUAAGGCCUGCUGUUCAUGAAAA